GAGGAGUGAGAGAAAGAGACAGCACAAGAGAAAUUAACGGUUGUUUUGUGUGAUUCAUGGACUAUAGAGUUGACCUUCGCGACCAUGGAGAUAAUACGUGAGAUGAGCGUCGGAAGUAUUUUUAGAAGAUCGUGGAUGACUGUUGGUCUAAAUUGAAAGUGUUUAGCGUUUCAUGCGCAUUUUGUGCUUCCUAUUCCACGUCGACUUUUAUUUCUUCAAACAUGACCCGACUUGAGCUGGAACAAGUGACCGAUUUUGGCGAUUUUACGAGAGGAGAGGAUUUAAAAGAGUUUCUAAAACAGGCGUACGCCAACAUCUCCUCUCAAAAUGUAUCUGAACCAUUGUCUGAUGUUCGCGUGAGUCCAGAUGGAUGUCACAUUCAUGUAAUUGUGCGUCAACCCAACAGUGGUCUCGUGACAUGUGACAAAUAUCUGAGACCCCAUCUCAUGCAGUCACAGAGACAUGCUGAUUUAGCGUUAACGCGGAAUAUUCCGAUAGUGGAUGUGAUUUAUAUUGCCCAAAGCAAUACGGAAGACGGGGCCUCUGUCCUGGGUGUGAUUUUUGAGAAUGGAAAAGUGGAAUUCUGGAAGUUCCUGGAGUGCAAAUCAGGCUGGCAUUUACUACACACUGUGGAUCUUUGUAACAGCCCCAGAGCAAAAGUGGUAUCCGUGUGCAUGUGUCAAAAUUUCAUUAUAUGGUGUGAGGAGAGACCCCCAUCAGAAAGCUCCGUUAAUGUGUGCAGCAACUUCAGAUACUGCAUAUGCAAAAAGACUAUAGAAGUUAAUGAGGGGGGUGUUAAUUUGGGUAGUGUGAAAAUGGCAUUGCACAAUAAUCCUCGAUACAUGGUCAUCAGUUCUGGGGAUUUAGCAUAUCUGCUGCCUGACAUGAGGGAAACCUCUCCCAUGUGUGCUUCCAAAGUGUUUCUAGCAUGGUCACCAGAGCAUGAUACUUUUAAAGUGCAUAGUGCCUGUAGUGGGACACUUCUUAUGAAAAGCUCAAACAAGGAAUCUGACUUUAAGAGACUUGUUACAGACUGCAUUGGCAUUCUCUCUUCCAUUAAUCCUCCAGAUAUAUGUGGAUUCUCAUCUGCUGGAUUUGGAGAUCUCCUACUUCUUCUCAGCAGUGGAUGGGUGUGCAUUUUAAAGAGGGACGGCAGUCUACAGAAGAUGUACAAAUUGCCUGACAAUUGCCUUGGUGCAGGUGGGACAAUAAAUAGCCUGAAUAUAUAUAAUGAAACCCUGGCACUAACAGUAGGCAGGACACUCUUCUUAAUCGAUACAAAAUGUGGUUUAGAAUUGGAGAGAAUAAGUCUGAAAAGAGAGGGCCUUCUGUUUGUUAACUCUUUGCAAAGUCACUCUCCGCAAAUGUUAUCAGAGACAGGGCUAUUUGUGGUCAAGCAAAGAGAACUGGAUGCUAAACCAAGGUCUUCGUCGACACAUUCAGAAGCCAUUGACUCUAGUGCACGCUUGAUUGAAGCUGUGUUUGUGGAGGCAUGUAAAUAUUAUCAGCAAAGAAGUCUUAGUAGCACACAGCUCACAGUGGAGAAGCUCAAAAAGGGGGGGAUGUUUCAGGCUCCCAUUUCACUAGCUGCCAUCCUCAGGGAUUACCUCAGUAACCAGAGGUCCAAAAGUGCUGAGAAAAAUUCCUCAGGUCAAGAAAGGUUGAUGCACUCGCUCGAAUCCGAGCUUAGGAGUCUUGUUUUGCUAGAAGAUGUUAAAACAACAAUGGUUAAGGCCUCCAUGAAGGACUUGGAAAGCCAUUGUGGAAGUCUGGUGCAGCAGGAAAUAUGCAGACUUCUCAGCUCUGAAAUAGAGAAGGAAAACCUUCAAUAUCUGAACAGCAUAUUCCAUCUCUUUCCCACCGAAUCCUGGCAUGCCAUGCAAGCUGUCCUGCAUCUGAGGUGCAACGGUGAGGGUUUGUUAUCUUCCAAGGCUCCUGCUGAGUUAUGGAAAAUCAUUCUCAGCCCUGUCCAACCAACAGCAAACUUUGCUCACUGCAACGGUCAGCAGAAACACACUACGGCAAAUGUAGCACUCCCUGUCUUUGAGCUGCUGUGCCACUCUAUUUUCAAAUUCCAGUCAAGCUGGCUGCCCAGGUUUCUCGAGCUAGCACAGCAGCAGGCUGGCAUUUCCUCUACCUCUUCAUGGAGUUAUGGUGUAAAGGAGAGCUCUGAGAGUUUGCCACUUUAUAAACGGGCCUUGACAGUGCUCCCAUGCCAAGGGGCCAACCAACACCUUCAAGUGGAGCUGCUUUUGUGCAGUCAGAGGCCUAAAGCCAUAAUGCAGGCUUUGCAGAUUCUCAUGAAACAGGGCCAGUGGGAGCGGGUCACACAAGUAGCUGAGAGGUUUUGCCGGCAGAGUCCACUUCUAAAUAAAGAGAUUUUCAGCACUCUGCUGUGUAAAGUGGCCCAACAUAGGGACCUGGACCCAUACUUGGACCUAUUGUGGACCCUGUGCCCUGAGGACAUGACUGUCACUAGUAUACUUAAUACAGUAUUGCAAAACCUGCCUCCAUCAACGCAGAACUCAGGACCAUUUGAGGCCCUUGGCAGCCAGGUCACAAUUGGCCUUCUGAAACCACUGCUGAGGAAAGUUCUCCAAAGGGAGACCAAACCUAGCCAUAGGUAUGCAGAUAUCCUUCAGUCACCCACCAUGCAUCCUCCACCUACUCCUCCACGCCAGGCAAAGGGACUUUCCAGAGCUGGUGCUGAGAUGGACAGUGAGCUUCAGGCAUCUAAGCAGAGAACUCUCCCUGGUCCUCAAGUGACAUCACAAGCUGGUUCUGUUUGACAUUUUCCUUCACAAAUCAUAUGACUACCCUUCCUAUAGAAAGUGGACUUCUAUUCAAUACUGAUUUCCUGGUCUUAAGAAGUAUUAUUUACAAUGCAUGGUCUGAUCAGAAUAAUGGGGCUUCUCUGAAUCAGACGAUUUUUCAUUAAAGUGACAGUACACCCUAAAAUGAAAAGGCUGUCGUUAUUUACUUACCCUCAUAUCAUUCCAAACCUAUUUGCUUUCUUUCCUCCAUGGAACACAAAAGGAUAUGUUCUGCAUAAUGUUUAGCACUGUUACCAUUCAGUUUAAUUGUAUGGAAUGCAGACGCUAACAUAAGUCUCUUUUUGUGUUACAUGGUUAUAAGAAAGUAAAAUGAGUUUGGAACAAUAUAAGUUUGAGAAAAUUAAGACUUUAUCCCUUUAACAAUUAAAAUAGGAAAGUACUAACUGCAAUGUACAGCUGUUCAAUUACUAUAGUAAUGUUAUAGACUGUAAUAUAUGUUGUUUUUACGUUUAUUUGGUUUACUGCAUUUCAUCAUGUUUAGUUUAUGGACUGGUCUGUUUUUUAACAGUAUUCCUAUUUCUCUUUUUUUCUAACCUUAAGGAAUGUCCUUUUAAUGAAUCAUAACAGGCAUGCUUUCACCCUGAUCCUAUUGGAAGGUCAGAGAUGACUAAGCAUUAUCAACUAAUUGUCCUUAUCGUCAUUUCAUGCUCUAGAUAAUUUAUUUAUAAGCCCUGAUGUAUUUUUUGUUGUUUGUUUUUCUAUUGACACUACAGUUGCCAUCAUAUGCUGGUGUAAUUAUUUCAAGACAAUCUCUUGUGAAGCUCACAGCUAAGAUUUAUAUUAGUCAUUAUUGAGGUGAGGAGGAAGUGUACAGCAGCAUAUCAUUUAAUGUGCAUGCUGAUGUAUCAAACUAUUCAGACUUGUAAUUCAAUGAUACACAUGCUAAAUGCCUUGCUUAUGUUUUUUUAAAGGUUGCUCUUGUAUCGGCAUAUCCUUGAUUUAGGAGAGUGCUAUUACAGGGAUAUUAACAUUGUAGAAUAAAAUAAAAUUUGACUAAUUAAUU